AUGAGCGGCGCCGCGGAGGCGCGGGAGCUGGAGGAGCGGCUGCGGGAGGCGGCGGCGCUGGGGGACGUGGAGGAGGUGCGGCGGCUGCUGGGCGCGGGGGCGGCCAUCAACUCCCGCAACGAGAUCAACGGCUGGACCUGUUUGCACUGGGCCUGUAAGCGGAACCACGCUCAGGUGGUGGCCUGCCUGCUGGAUGCUGGUGCAGAUAAGCAGAUCCUCACCGCUAAAGGAGAGCUGGCUGCACAGCUAACUUCAAAACCAGACAUCCGGAAGAUUUUGGGAGCUACUGAGGAAGAAACUGAAUGUCAAGGAGGGAAGGAUUUAAAUUUGCCCAUUGUUGCAAACUACUUGGCCAACCCACCGUUCCCUUACGUUUACACUGAAGCAAGCACUCCAGACAGCUUGGCAGAACCCCAGAAUGAAAGCGCGUCCAUCUCGUCCGCUUCCCAGUGUGAAACUAGUCCUCGUUCAUCAGCAACUCAGGUUGAAAGCAUAUGCACACCCACAUCGUGCAACAGCGAAGAUGAUUUUCCUGCACUAGACGCUACAGAAGAGCUGCCCACCCCCUCAGCAACUAUCGCAGCACCAAAAUGUGUCGACCCUGAAGUGGGGAACGGCCCCGUUUGCCAGCGCUCCUUGCCUCGCGGCAGAGGGAUGGUCUCUCCGGUAGCGCCCAAAGAGGCUGCGCCUCUGCAAACUGACAGCUCACCUACUGGUCCCGCACCACCGUUUCAGCCCUUGUUCUUUACUGGAACUUUCCCAUAUAACAUGCAAGAACUUGUGCUUAAGGUGAGAGUCCAGAACCUCAGAGACAAUGACUUCAUUGAAAUCGAACUGGACAGACAAGAACUGACCUAUCAAGAUCUGCUCAGAGUGAGUUGCUGUGAAUUGGGUGUUAAUCCAGAACACGUAGAGAAGAUCAGAAAAUUACCUAAUACCCUAGUAAGAAAGGACAAGGAUGUUGCCAGACUUCAGGACUUCCAAGAGCUGGAGUUAGUUCUUGUGAAAAGCGACAGCUCUCCUUUCAGAAAUGCUGCAUCAACUUUGACUGAGAGACCAUGCUACAAUAGCAAAGCAUCAAAGCUGACUUACUGACUCUUCUAGAUACAUCUAGAGCGUGAAAACCUGGUAAUUAUAUGCUGCUGCCUUUUGAAGGCAGUGAAUUAAGCGUGUGUAAAACCUUAAGUUAUUGUUAGGGUUACUAUUUUAACUAAUAGUUUAUCUAUCUUUUAUAUUUAAUAUCCCCUUUGCUUUUAUUUUUUUACUUGAUACUGUAUUCAGAUAAGGGAUACCUCAUUUGUCUACUAAAAUCACAAGCUUCCAAUGUAUUUCAAUGAAGUUUAUUGGUUGUACUUGGCAACAGAGGGCAGGAAAGACUUAAUUAUUGAUAGGAAAAGUAUGUUGAGUACUCCCAUUCUUAGACCAAAUGAGAGUCAUGGAAAAGAGAUUCAGGAAAGUGUGUGUGUGUGUGUGUAUUUUUUUUUUUUUUUUUAAGCUUCCUGAUUAAGUUAAGCGUCAGAGGGUAUUUGGCAUACAAUGAACAGUUACUCUCUAAAAAUGUAAAACUUGGAAGUCCUUAAUCUCUUGCCCCUUCACAAAGUCUUAGCAAGAUGCAGUGUCUUUCCUGCUGGGGAUAGAAGUAUUUAAUGCUCUAAAGUGACCGGAGAAAAUUUUCACUGGGCUGAAAAUAAGUGGAGUAAGAUUGUCCACAUUUAAAUGUUUCUUUCCUAUAUGAGAAUAUUGUAACAACUUAAGUGAUGGCAUCCCUCUACACACACACACACACAAAAAAAAAUAGGGAAGCUUCUCCUAAUUAAGGAGCAUUUAAGUCGCAAAGGAAGUUAAAGUGCCCAUUCAAAGGAAGUCCAUAUGUUUCAGGAGCUCUGGAGGGGAUCACAAAUCUGUGUCCAUGGUUUUAUUUCUUUGUUUUUCCAAACGAUGCUAGGAGACUAUGCAUUACUCACACCAAAAGUCAGUACUGUUAAGUCAGGUAACUUCUUUAUGGCCCACCCUCACAGACCAGUUACAGGGUGUGUGGUUAGUUUCUGCUGUCUGAGCAGCAGGAGAAGCACAACUGUAUACUCUUUCUUGAGGUAUCACAACUAUGAGGAGCAUACCACACUCUUGAUUAGCCAUGCUAAACUGGAAACAUACACCAUUAGCAAAGAAAUAACCUGUAACUUUCCAAGUUGCACAGUCUACUACCACUUUUACACGGUGUCAGAAGUUUUAGCCAGAUGAGUACUGAAAGGAAGGGCUGCGUGCCUCCAGGUGCUUUCAACUGAAUUUUUUUUGGGGGGGAAGAAAACCCUCAAGAGUCUGGUUAAGCUACAGACUGCUUUAACUUGCAUUUAAGCAAGUCAGUAAUGAAAACAUCCAUCUGUGGGUUUAUGAAUGGCAAAAGUCAGCAUUAAAACAUCCCCUUUCAGUCCAAAAAAAGUAUUUAAGUCGCAGCAUUGCUGGAGUAUUAACAGCCUGAAGCUUUUCCUGUUAACAUGAUGGUCUGCGAAGUUUUAUCUUAGGAGGCUUUUUGUUUUCUUUUCUACCAAAAAGUACAAUGAUCUUUGCACCAAAAACCUUAACUGGGUACUGGGGUGGGUAGAGGGGUGAGGGAGUUGUUUUUUCUGGACAUGAGCUUGGGUUUUUUGUGUUUUUUUUUUUUCUUCCCACAAUUAGUAUUGACUUUCCUUCUGUCUCUGCUUUAUUAAGCUGCAUUAGAGCAGAGUGUAUGCACAGCUGUUGCAGUGUUUGUUGUUGUUGAUCUGGAUUGUAAUGUUGACAUUCAGACCAUAAACAGUACAAUCAACAUGCUUUGGGAGGAGCAGCAUGGCUGCCACCCUGUCUUAGCUUUCUGCAGCACAGCUGCUUUAUCCUUGAAGUGGCUCCUCCAAGCGAGGUUAGUAAAAGCAUGCAUGUCAGAAGAGUAUAGAAACCCCUUCUGCCAGCAGAAGAGAUGCUUGACUCUGGGUUCAGGAUUUUACCAAGUUACUCUAGGCUUAAAAUUCUUGCUUAGUGCAUUCAAAAUAACAAUCCACUUAAACUCUGCUAACACCCUGUUCUCAAUCCUGGCCCUCCUCAACUGGCCCAAUUCAGCUCCUCGUAAGCUGAAGACUGUGACGCAGUAUGAAGUAAAAUUUCCUAACUGUGGCUCUCACUUUGUUUUUCUUGUAGGACAGGAAAGGAGUUUUUACUUUAACAGUUGUGUAUCUUUUCAGCAUAAUAGCUUGGAGACUAGUUCAGAUUAUGUGCAAUAACUGUUUGAAAAACAGUAGUAGUUAAAUGACUCAAAAUUAAGAGUAUUAAUUUCUUUUCAGUUCCUUUGUUUAGGAAAUCAGUGUAAAGACUGCCUCCACUAAUUACUGAAAAUUCAGCUAUAGGAGCAGCUGGUUUAAAAAAAAAAAGCUUUAUUUGCUCUACUUUCCACAAAAAUAACUGUUAAUGUGAUAAGACUAAAACUUUAAUCAUGAUCUGACUGUAACAGUAAGUCUAUGCAUUCAGAGAAGUAUUUUUGUAUGUUUUAUGCAGUUUGAUAAACUCUAAGGCACACUAGUUAUGUUAACUGUUUUUUGUUGGGUUUUUUCAUUGAAAAUAAACUGUUGGUAUGACAACUGAAACUAAGUUUACAAAACUUACUGUUCUUCCAAGGACAACUUUUGUUUGCACUACAAACUUGUACUGAACUGACAUUGCUACCCUUCACUUACAUUAAAGUAUCAGUUGUUUGAAGUA